UCCUGUCGGUCAGUUCUUGCUUUUUCCCUUGCCCAAGCUUUUCUUGUCUUGUAACCGACCCAGUUACAGUUACUCCGACCAAACGUUUCAAAGUCUAACAUUGAAAGAACACCACCAAGGCGCCGCGAAACUGCGUUUUGCUGAAGCUUCUACAUUUCAUUCUACGGUCUCGCAAUCAAUAACGCAACCUAUUCGAUGGUCUUUGGAUACUUUGGCAGCCUGUUUUACAUCGGGCUCCUAUUCACAAACGCUAUCGCCAUCCUCAAUGAAGAACGUUUCCUUGCGAGAAUCGGAUGGUCUACCCGUGUAUCUUCAACAGCCAAUGCGGGAUUCGGCCAUUCGCCUGCACCACAAAUGUUUGACACUGCCGGUUUUGGUGGAGCAAGUGGGUCAGAAGGGGCCGGAGUGAAGGCGAAGUUGGUGAACCUCAUUGGGGCGACCAGAACAUUGAUGCGGAUACCUUUGAUAGUUGUGAACAUUGGCGUUAUAAUCUACGAGGUAUUGCUUGGAUAACUAGGAUUUACAUGCAUGGGAUCCCAACACAAAAUAGGAGGGACCUGUUGCAAUCCUUACGGAUCCUUGUCAAAUGUCCGCUCGGUCUUGUAUCGCGCUGUGAGCAUGCUAAUUCACACGAGGGGUUCAUAAUUAAUUAAACUUCCUUUCACGACGCCGCUGUAUCUAUGACUGUAUUAAUAGUACAUUACAUCUAUCAGAUUACCUUAUAAGAGAACAGCCGAGUGACACCAGUACCCUAAUGGAAUAAAUUGAGAUUACACACUGUCGU